AUGGCGACCAGCAACACUCCCGGCGCUGCCAGCACAGCUUCCGAUCAUGAGGAGGAGGAGGAACAGGUUUCGGAGCUGGAGGAAGAUCCCAUGCUGCCGCUUUACGCACUGAUGGCGGCAGACGAAGACGAAGAAGGCGACGGUGACUUCUACGCACAAUACGACGAGGACGAGGAGGACGACGACGAAAACGACGAAGACGGCUACGAUUCGCACACAGCAGCGCAACAGGUCGACAUCGCGCGCAUGGCUCGACAGCGUGCCAUGGCUGCGAUCCAUGCGCUACGCACUGGAAGACUGUCGGAUAUCCUCCUCGGAGUCGAGGGUGUGUCGUAUAUUUCGCCACAGCCCGAGGAGGUGCCGAUGACUGGGCCGAGGUACCCGGUGCCGAAUGAGACCGGGGAGAAGCUUAUGCGCGGGAGUGAUUUUGGUUCGGCGCCAAGUACGGUUGCGGGACGGAAGUCCAGGCAGGAGUAUCUGCUCAAGCGGGAGUUGGGGGACUACCAAUCCCCUGGGCAAAUCAGGACAUGUCUGCAGGGCGCUGUGCAGUCGUAUCUACCCGAGAGCGAGGCGGAUUUCAUUGUCGAGCAUGAAUAUCACUGCUACAUCGGACAGUUCUCAACGGAUGGUAAUUUCUUUUACAGUUGUGCCCAGGAUAUGAGGGUGCGGAUGUACGACACUUCGGACCCGUACGGCUGGAAGUACUACAAGACGGUGGAUUAUGUCGGCGGUAGCUGGACACUGACCGAUGCCUCGCUUUCCCCGGAUAACAAGUUUCUAGCAUAUAGCAGCAUUACCAGUGCUGUAUAUUUGGCAGACACCACUCCCGGACGAGAUGAUACACUCCGACUCGAAUUCGCAAUGGGUCCGGGGCCACACUCGAUGCAUCCACGUUCUGGUAUCAUGUCCGUCCGCUUCUCCGGCGACGGAAACGAGCUCGUAGCCGGUGCCAAAGACAACUGCGUCUAUAUCUAUGACAUCACUGCUGGGCGUCCGGUACUGCGACUAAGAGGUCACACAAACGAAGUGAAUGCGGUGUGCUAUGGCGACGAAAGCUCGCCGCAUAUCAUAUACUCUGGCUCGGACGAUUGCACAGUAAAGAUCUGGGAUCGACGGUCCAUCUCUGAUAAGCGGCCCGUGGGUGUCUUCACGGGACAUACGGAGGGAAUUACGAGUAUUGCUAGUAAGGGUGAUGGAAGAUAUGUCCUGUCUAAUGGGAAGGACCAGCAGAUGAAGCUGUGGGAUCUAAGAAACAUGAUGGAUCCCAGCGAGUUUUCCAGACUACCCAGAACGAAUCUGUCAACCGGCUUCGACUACCGUACAGACCGCUACCCCAUGACAAACCCGCCCCGCCGCCAUCCGCACGAUAAAAGCCUAGUAACCUACGAAGGACACAGUGUGCAGCGCACGCUGAUCCGCUGCUACUUCUCACCGCCGGUCUCCACCGGCUCCCGCUACGUCUACUCCGGCUCCGCCAACGGUAAAGUAAAGAUCUGGAACAUCGACGCCACGCUGGCUCGAGAAGUCAAUGUCCAUAAGGCCACCAAGGUGAUGCGUCCGAACGCCCCCAGCUAUCAUAACGAUCCGUACCGCAUAUGGUGGGGUGGUUAUGAAAGAGAUAAUACCUGCGUUAGAGACGUCAGUUGGCACCCGUCGGCGCCCGUUUUUGCUGCUACUAGCUUCCAGGGAGGCGGCAUCGGAAAGGGAAGUGUCAGUGUCCAUACGUGGAGAGGUGCGGAUGCGGAUUGGGACGAGGAGGAGAGGGAGUCUAAGAGGGGCUACAAGCCGCGAGUUUAUUCGACUGAGAUGAGGGCGAUCUGA